AUGUCGGAACAGAGGCCACGCAGAGAACAGGACCCCGGUUCAGGGUUCAAGGGUGCCCUUCAGGGUCUUGGAAUCUUCUUGUUGGCCCAAUUUGCCAUCAACCAGUACAUGGGAAAUAAGGACAAGACAGACUCCACCAGCGUGAAUUCUGGAGGCAUCCCCGCCUUUGCCGAUCGCCCCGAUCCUAGCGAAAUCGCUCAGCACAGUGCUCUCCCUGAAAUCAUCGCCCCGAUUUGGCCCUCCAACAGCUCUAUCGAUCUCAGCAUUUAUGUAACCCCAUCUAUCAUUGUGCCUAACUUCAAGUCACCGGAUAGUAUUCUUGUGCUGGACGAGAAGAACUUCACCCUUGGAAACUACAGUGACACUCGUGAAAUCGACACCACCAUCAAGGUCCCAAAGCAAGUUCAACAGAAUGGAACUCUCUGGGCUCACUUCUUUUUGGCUCGCACCGGACACCCGUUAGACCCCACCGCGAAGGACUACAACACCGCUGAUGCAGUCCACUUCCUCCGACCCCUGAAUCAGUACCUUCCUAAGAAGAAGGUCAAGAAGCUGAAGAAUCUCCUAUCGGGGCCCGAGGAUGAACAUGACCAGGAGGAAGAUAACACCCCGGAUGUUUCAACUAUGUCAUACUACCACCCCAACUUCACCCUGUCCAUGAUUCCAGACUCUGGAAUUGUGAAGAUGGCCCAGAUGAACCCUGCAGCUCGACAGUAUCUGCAGCUGGAGCGGACUGGUGCUCGCGACGCUACUGGAAAGAAUGGAUGGUACUACCCGAUCGCUUUCUUCAACACUUUCUGGCAACUGAAGAGCCACAUGACUGAGUUGAACUCCACUGUGGAAACUCUGCCGUUGCAUAUCACCCUCAACAACAUGGCGAACUGGAAGUUUAACAUCAUCAGCAGUGUUGAUGAAGGCUCCAAGCAAAGUUCUCGCCAGGCUGCCUAUGGCCAGCCUGUCCCCGGUGGUGGAGAUGGAACCGAGUGGGAGAUGGUGAAGGAGAUUCUUUUGGAUACGAACAUUUGGCUCCUCUGCACCACAGGCGUAGUCACUGUUUUGCAUAUGUUGUUUGAGACUUUAGCCUUCAAGAACGAUAUUGCUCACUGGCGUAAGAAGAAGGACGUUGUUGGCACUUCAGUUCGGACAAUCCUGGCGAACGUCUUCAUGCAGGCUGUUAUCUUCCUCUACCUCAUGGACAACAGCGAGAACACCUCUUGGAUGAUUCUGGGUAGUCAAGGAUUUGGUAUCCUUCUGGAAUUCUGGAAGAUCACCAAGACCGUCGACGUUCGCUUGCGCCCGCCGCCGGCUGGCUCUUGGUUAUCAUUCUUGCCCUAUGUGAUUGUCUUCGAAGAUAAGCACAAGCUUAGCGAGACCGAGGAAAAGACAAAGGAGUACGACGAAAUCGCCUUCCGCUACUUGUACAUCUUGGCUGUUCCCCUUCUGCUCGCAUACGCCGCGUACAGUCUGGUCUACAACACCCACAAAUCGUGGUACUCCUACGUCAUCCAGACCCUGGUAGGAAGUGUCUACGCCUACGGCUUCCUCAUGAUGGUCCCUAGUCUCUACAUCAACUACAGGUUGAAGUCGGUUGCCCACAUGCCCGGCAAGGCCUUGACCUACAAGUUCCUGAACACCUUCAUCGAUGAUCUCUUCGCCUUCACUGUUAAGAUGCCCUGGCUCCACCGCCUGGCAACCCUUCGGGACGACGUUAUCUUCUUCGUCUGGCUCUACCAGGGCUGGAAGUACAAGGUUGACUACAAGCGUGUCAACGAGUUCGGCCAGGGUGGUGAUAGUGACGAGGAGGAGGAGAAGAAGGAGCCUACUCCUGCCAUUGAAGGCAACAAGAAGGAGGAUGUGGCUACUCAAUCCUCUUCCCAGGCUACUUCCAAGUCUACCCGCAAGAGGAAAUGA